GGCUUUCGCGGAAGCGUCUCCCGCGCGCUAUCCGAGGUGUAUUUUCUGCGUUCCUGGCUGCUGGGACCACCCGUUUCGUCUGCGGUUUGCGGCUCGGAGUGUGUCGAGUGUGGAACGCUUUUCUAUUUCCUGCCGGACUUGGGACGCGGACGCGACGCUACACGGAGCUCGUCGGCGGCGCGCGCGGAUGCACACGUGCGUGAAGACGAGUUGGUGGUGUGAUUAGCGUAGCUGUUCUGUGUCGGACCAAUCGUGGGACGCGACCAUGGAUAGCGAAGACGCCGCUGCUCGCGUGGAAAACUGUGCCCUCGACGAAGCGCUCGCCCAAAUCCGCGCUAAGGACGGCUUGAUCGCGGACCUCAAGCUGCAACUCGAGGAGAAGGAGUGCGCGAUGCGAGAGCUUCAGACUCAGCUGCACAAGUUUCGGGCGAUCAUGAAGCCGCUGACGGAGCAGCUGACGCAGAACCUGAUCUUGUGGUCGCGUCAGACGUCUCCCGGACGUGACGACGACGACGUCGCUUCUCCGUACGUCGACUCCGCGACGGCGUCUGCUGCCGCCGCGGCGGGGGCCCGACCGAAGCGUCUGGCCAUUUCGGCUGAGCCCGUGGACGCGCGCCUUCGAGACAGCAAGGUCAAGAAGGUUGUCAAGAGCGACCAAUCUCGGGAGCUGAUCAAGCAGGCGAUCCAGGACAAUGACUUCAUGAAGAACUUGGAGACGAUCCAGAUCAAGGAGAUCACGGACUGCAUGUACCCCGUGGAGUAUGCACAGGACAGCCUCAUCAUCAAGGAAGGGGAUGUUGGCUCCGUCGUUUACGUCAUGGAAGAGGGCAAAAUAGAGGUCACAAAGGAGAGCAAAUUCUUGUGCACUCUGGGGCCAGGAAAGGUCUUUGGGGAGUUGGCCAUCCUCUACAACUGCACAAGGACUGCAACUGUGAAGGCAAUUAGCGACUGCAAGCUAUGGGCCAUCGAAAGGCAGUGCUUCCAGACCAUCAUGAUGAGAACUGGGCUGGUACGGCAGUCAGAGUACACGGAAUUUCUCAAGAGUGUGCCCACCUUCAGGAAGCUUCCAGAAGAAACACUAAUAAAAAUCUCGGACGUUCUUGAGGAGACUACUUACACACAAGGUGACUACAUCAUCAGGCAAGGGGCCAGGGGUGACACCUUCUUCAUAAUAAGCAAAGGAACAGUCAAGGUGACCAGGAAAGCUCCCGAGGAAGGUGGCAGCAAUGCAGAGGAGGAGAUCUUCAUCAGAACCUUGCACAGGGGGGACUUUUUCGGAGAGAAGGCACUGCAAGGCGAAGAAUGUCGGACGGCAAACAUAGUAGCGGACGACGCGGAGGGUGUGACAUGUCUAGUCAUAGACCGAGACUCGUUCAACCAGCUCAUGAGCAACAUCGACGAAAUCCGAGGCAAACAGUACGACGAAGACGUGGGCGUCAGGCAGAGGAUCAACGAAGAGUUUGCAAACUUGAAGUUGAGCGAUCUCAGGGUAAUAGCCACACUUGGAGUUGGUGGCUUCGGGAGGGUUGAACUGGUACAAAGUGUGCACGACCCGCUGCGGUCUUUCGCCCUCAAGGUGAUGAAGAAGGCACAGAUUGUGGAGACCAGGCAGCAGCAGCACAUCAUGUCGGAGAAGAUGAUCCUGGAAGAGACAAACUGCGAGUUCAUUAUCAAGCUUUUCAAGACCUUCAAGGACAGGAAAUACUUAUACAUGCUGCUCGAACCAUGCCUGGGGGGAGAACUCUGGACAAUUCUCCGUGACAGGGGCAACUUUGACGACAACACCACGAGGUUCUACACUGCCUGCGUUGUGGAGGCUUUUGACUACCUGCACGCCAGGAACAUCAUCUACCGUGAUCUCAAACCUGAAAACAUGCUUCUGGACAUCAGUGGCUACAUCAAGCUGGUGGAUUUUGGCUUUGCCAAGAAGCUGGUGAACGGCCGCAAGACGUGGACGUUCUGCGGCACCCCCGAGUAUGUCGCUCCCGAGGUCAUCCUGAACCGGGGUCACGACAUCUCGGCCGACUACUGGUCCUUGGGGGUCCUCAUGUUCGAGCUCCUCACGGGAGCACCGCCCUUCACGGAUGCUGACUUCAUGAAGACGUACAACAUCAUCCUGAAGGGGAUUGACGCCAUCGACUUCCCAAGGUGCAUCACUCGGAAUGCAACCGCCCUCAUCAAGAAGCUCUGCAGAGACAACCCAAACGAGAGGCUAGGUUAUGGCAAGGGAGGUAUCAGAGACAUCAUGAAGCACAAGUGGUUUGAUGGCUUCAACUGGGAAGGCCUCCACACCAGGACGCUGAAACCGCCCAUUAUUCCGCAGGUUCGACACACGACAGACACGAGCAACUUUGACCGGUACCCUCCGGACACGGACGGCCCCCCUCCCGACGACACCACGGGCUGGGAUGCCAACUUUUGAUUCGUUUGCAGCAUUGGAGCUUUUGUUCGACAAAGUUGCGGCGGGGAAGAGCAAGCGCCGUUUCCUCGACUGGUGCAUCCCCACGAAACAACAAGCCCCGGCGGCACGAAGCUAGGGGCCGACGGACGGGUGCAGGACUGUCUCGACUCUAGUCUUUAAAGACGGCGUCCGAAGGCGGGCGUCUGACGUGCUGUGCGCUGAGUUUCGCCGGCACAGAGUCGGCAUGCCCUUUUCCAUCCGAACCGGCGUCUUUCCGAGCAUCGAACCACCGAACUGUGCCGGUGGUCGAGUACCAAUCUUGUCGAGACGACGCCUUAGAACGGAAAAGAUGUGCGCAGUGUUAGCAUUAGACUGGGGCGACAAAGGUUCUUGUUGUUUUCGUUCUUUAAUCUGCGACGGUCUAUUUUUCCUAAAGUCGUGCGUCGAGCUUGCGUCGUCGAGUUUACUUACGUUCCGUAUUGUUUGCCACUGCUGCUUGGUUUCUGGGGGGAACGAUUCCCAGCAUGCACGGCAGGAUUGUCAUUGGCAAGAGGCUCAGUGUGUUCUGCUGGGUUUCCUCGCUAAAUUGCAGAGCCCGGAUGUGGCUUGGGCACGCUGCACGGUUCACGUUGUAGAUUCUCUUCCGUGCCAUGGGGGCGCGGCGUGACCCCCGCGAAGCGGAAAUGCAUAGUACAAAACUCCCAGCAGAGAUUGCUUCCACUUCAUUGACCGACAUUGGUGAUUUCAUGCUUUGACUUAAACUCAUUCUCGUUCUAAUGGUGUGAACAUCUCCUUUUUUUUUUUCCUUUGGGACAGUUUUAGUUUGAUGAUUCUUUGCUAGUUUUUGUGGCACGUGCCAGAACGCGUAACAUACACACGAACAGAUAUGAGAAAGGUGUGUCUUCCAAGCUGCCUUACAGCUCAAGCUGCCUUAAAGCUCAAGCCAGCGGCUUCUUAAGCUGCUCGUUGUUUGGGUACGGACAAUGCAACCGUGGCUUGCCUCUACAACUUGGGCCUUUGACACACAAAGUUUAGGUUUUGACUAAUUGUGCCUCAAGUUCUUUUUUUUUUUUAUAUAUAUAUACAUAUAUGAUUUCUUUUUUUCAAAUUUGGUAUUGUUGACAAAGGGCACUGUGUGCUCCCGAGUACAUUUACUCUACUCCUCGAAACUUGAGUGCCAAAUAUAUGUGGUUGAGACGUGAAAAUGGGUGGCAUGAAGGUGAGCUCACUGCUAAAAAUUGCGAGUCAUGCUGGCAUACUUCAAAGUAUGGAAUUGUUCUAUAUUUUGGGCUACAGUUUUUUUUUCUAGGGUUUUUGUUUAUCAAAUGCAAUACUGAUACACUUUAGAGUUGUUGAAAAAAUAAUAAUUUUAUUGUGUCCCCAUAGUUUUUGUACAGAGUGUUAUUUUUUUUUUUUUAUAUUAUUCUAGAGUACAUUCUUUUCAUAGGCUUUAUGAACAUACUGCAAUUUGAAAAUGCUUUUGAUUUUUUGUGAAGUUCAGGGACAGAGAUUGUUGUUAACUUGUGAGGAGACCGGUGAGGCACGAAGAACAUGAGUACAUCAUCUCACAAGGCAAAAAUAAAGGUUUCAUAUUUUAA